AUGGCCAUAAGGACCACAGGCCUGAGCGCCUCACAGCUCGCAGCUUUCCAACGGGAUGGCUACCUCAUCGUCCCCCAAGCUCUGGGACCAGAGACCGUCUCUGCUUUACUUCAGGAGACCCAGAACCUUCUUACCGGCUUUGACCUCAAGUCGCAUCCCAUGACGCGCUUCAGCACAGGCACGACAUCGGAGCACGUGGGCGAUGACUACUUUCUCAGAUCCGGCGACAAAAUCCGCUUCUUCUUCGAGGAGGACGCCUUCAACGAGAAUGGAGAGCUGACCAAGCCGAAAGAUAGGGCCAUCAACAAGAUUGGACAUUAUCUCCAUGUGUUGAGCGAGCCAUUCCGCCGGCUGCUCAGCGAAGACGGCCAAGUCAAGCCUGCCGAUGUGGCGAGGGCACUUGGGUUCAAGGACCCGCGAUGUCUGCAGAGCAUGGUGAUAUGCAAGCAGCCUGAGAUCGGAGGAGCUGUGCCUCCUCACCAGGACUCGACGUUCUUGUAUACAAAUCCGCCAUCAGCCGUGGGGUUCUGGUAUGCACUAGAGGACGCUACGCUGGAGAACGGCUGUCUUUCGUUCUUGCCGGGAUCGCACAAGUGGUCUCCUAUCACGCAGCGGCUUGUCCGAAAGGCUGGUAACACGGGCACCGAAAUGGUCGAGAACAGCGGUCCGCAGUUCCCGCCAGGCGAAGAGUAUGGGGUCGAGAAGCCUGCCGAUGCUGAUUACAUGACCUAUAUCCCGGGUGAAGUCAAAGCUGGAGAUUUGGUCCUCAUCCAUGGGAACUUACUACAUAAGAGUGAGAAGAACCAGAAGGGGAGGAUCAUCUACACAUAUCACAUCAUUGAGAAUGAGGACCGACAAUAUGAUGAGAAGAACUGGCUGCAGCCGCCGCAAGAGGGCUUCACCAAACUGUAUUGA